AUGGCCUCCGUAGCGCAGCCCGAUGUCUCCGAGCUGGAGAAGAAAGACAACUCGGCGGCCGGGGAGGAUGCGGACAACAACCCCGAGGAGCCCAUGGACGAGGAGGACGACGAUGAGAACGAUGAUGGCGGAGACGGAGAAGACGAGGACGUGGAGGAAGAUGUGGUCGUCCAGAUCGGGGCCACCUACUCCUGCAAGAGGCAGGACGGAUCCUUCCAUGAUGCAGAAAUUCUGAAAACCAGAAUGAACAAGCAGGCCGGCCGGGAGGAGUUCUAUGUGCAUUACGCUGGUUUGAAUCGGCGACAAAAUGAGUGGGUUGACAAAACACGGUUGGUGAUUCCCAAACCAAUAAAGGAGGAGGCUGAAGUGACAAAUGGUACGAGCUCAGAUGUCGCAGAGAAUGGAAAAGCUCCCCUGAAAAGGAAAACGGAGGAAGAGGAUCCUGAACCGAAGAAAGUAAAGGUCGAAAACUCAGUGAUGGCAUCUGGGGAUUUUGCUGAAGAACUGACUUGCCUUCUGUGCAGCGAGCUCUUCAAGGAUCCAGUCAUGGUGGAAUGCGGCCAUAACUUCUGCCGUAACUGUGCUGACAAGGCCUGGAACGGGCAGGAAUCCUUCACCUGUCCUGACUGUAAGGAGGUCAUCACUGAGAAGAGGUACACCACCAAUAGAGCCCUGGCUAACCUGGUGAAGAAGACGGUUGGUACCGCUGCUGCCCUGAACACGACUAAACCUUCCGAGAAACCUAAACCAUCAGAGAACUGUCCUGAGCACGACGAGAGGCUGAAGCUGUACUGUAAAGAUGAUGGGACACUGAGCUGCGUCAUCUGCCGGGACUCUCUGAAACACGCAAGUCACACCUUCCUGCCCAUCCUUGAUGCAGUGGGAGUGUACAGGGCAGAACUGUCGGCCAUUGUGGCUCCAUUAGAAGAAGCUCUGAAGGUGACUGAACAGCUGACCAGCCAGCAGAGCGAGAAGGUUGAGCAGCACAAGACCAAUAUAUCUGACUUCAGGGAGCACAUUGUGUCCGAGUUUGAGAAGCUGCGCACAUUCUUGAAGGAGCGAGAGGAGAAGCUUUUGGAGCAGCUUCAGGAACAGGGAGAAAACCUACUGAAAGAGAUGGAGAGCAACAUGGUGAAGAUGCAGGAGAACCAGGACAACAUUAAACAGACCAUCACGGUUGCUGAUGAGCGGAUGAAUGAUAUGGACUCCAUCUCGUUCCUCACUGACAUCAAGUCUUUCAUUGAAAAGUGCCAGGCGCAGCAGAAAGAGGUCACGUCUUCCGGGAAUAGUCUUCUCUCCAAGGACCUGUGUCAGGGAACAUUUAGAGGGCCUAUUCAGUAUACAAUCUGGAAGCAGAUUAAAUCUUUCAUUGUUCCACAUCUGACUCCAAUGGUGCUAGACCCUCUCACAGCGCACCCCAACCUAGUUCUGUCCGAUAAUAUGACCAGUGUUAAAUAUGGAGACUCUAAGCUCCCACUCCCUGACAAUCCCAAACGCUUCAGCCAGUGCAUCCUGGUCCUAGGAGCUCAGGGCUUUGAUUCUGGCCGCCACUACUGGGAGGUGGAGGUGGGAGAGAAGACCGCUUGGGAUGUUGGCAUGGCCAGCGAGUCAAGCAACCGCAAGGGUAAGAUCAAGCUGAACCCCAAGAACGGCUACUGGGCCAUCUGGCUGAGGAACGGUAAUGCCUACAAGGCUCUGGAGUCUCCUUCCAAGACCUUGAUCCUGAACGCCAAGCCGAAGAGAAUCGGAGUGUACGUAGAUUACGAGGGAGGCCAGAUGUCCUUCUACAACGCUGAUGACAUGUCUCCAAUCUACACGUUCAGAGCCACAUUCACUGAGAAGCUGUAUCCUUACCUGUCCCCGUUCCUGCAUGAUUCCGGCCUCAAUGCUCAGCCCCUGCGUUUCGUCCAUGACUAAUGGCACUGCCCUGUCACGUAAAGCUUCUUUUUGUUUUGUUAUGCCAGGAAAUAUUGUUGAAGUGUCGCCAUUUAGAAUUCUUGUUUAGUUCACAAACUUGAUUUUUGCAACUUUUUAUUUUUUAAUGGAAAUAAAAUGUGUUCAGUGACUAAAA